UAAUCGGUAUAUCCAUCGCCAACAAAAAAAAAAAAACAAGAACAAAAGAUCAUUUCAAACAAUCAAAAAAGUUGAUCACACUGUGAAUCAAAUCAAUUGAUCCGUCGACUUUCGCCACUGCAACGAGAUUUCUCCGAUUUUGUUCUAAUUUAAUCGCCGACUCACUGAUUUCGCAUCUUUUCAGAUGCUCCUUUGAGUUUGAUACUUCAUUUUGAGUGGGUGACUGCAAAAGUCACAGGUGAGCAGUUCUUACGAGUAUGAUUGUGUGAUUGGUUUCACAAGUGUGUGUUUGAUAUCUCGCCAUCCCAUGUUUUCUCUACUUUGUGAUUUGCUGGAGCAUCUAGAUGGGUGUUCCUGUUCCCACACCAGGGCUACAUCGUAAAAUUCAAACAAGCAAAGUGCCACUACUAAUGGAGAGAACAGAAAGCAAUACCGAAUGUGAGCAUGUGAUUAAUAUAACAACAAAUAGCAAUGAAGCUUCAUCAUCUAGCUCAACUCUCAAUGGGUCAAACCUAAGACAGAAUGAAGAUCUCCCUUCAACAAAUCCACAAUCUCCAGUCUUGCAACAUUCUUUAUCUACUACAAAUGCAAGGAAUACAUCAUUUGCUAGGAGGGGGAAUGGGAAUGGAAAUGGAAGGCGUAGGAGUCCAUUGAAUUCCGGUUACUGGAUAUCAGUGGAAUUAGUGAUUACAGUGAGCCAAAUUAUAGCAGCCAUUGUUGUUUUAUCUUUGUCAAGGGAUGAACACCCUCAUGCUCCAUUGUUCACAUGGGUUAUCGGUUAUGCUUCUGGAUGUGUUGUAACGCUUCCUCUUCUUUUCUGGCGUUUUCAUAACCGAAAUGCUUCAACUCAAGAAGUAUCACAGGCUCGCCAAAAUGCGACACCUGGCAAUCUGUCUGCCAUUGCAAGUUCUUUCAAUUCAUCUUCAAAUGGAAGGAUUUUGGAAGGGGACAAUCGGAACACUGCUGUGACAUCUACAAGAAGACUGACAAUGGGAGCAUUGAGUGCAAGAGUGAAAGUGCUUGUUGAAUAUUUCAAAAUGGGAUUGGAUUGCUUCUUUGCAGUCUGGUUUGUGGUUGGAAAUGUGUGGAUCUUUGGAGGCCAUUCUUCCUCUUCUGAAGCUCCCAACUUGUACAGGUUGUGUAUAGUGUUUCUUACCUUUAGUUGUAUCGGGUAUGCAAUGCCAUUCAUCUUGUGCACCACAAUCUGCUGUUGUCUCCCUUGUAUAAUAUCUGUGUUGGGAUUCAGAGAAGAUCUUGCACAAAAUAGAGGAGCCACUACAGAGUCCAUUAAUUCUCUUCCCACUUACAAAUUCAAGAAACAUAAAAAUGAUAAAGAGAACAACUCUAGUAGUAGUAGUACCUCUGAAGGUGGGAUUGUGGCUGCUGGAACUGAAAAGGAACGUGCCAUAUCAGGAGAAGACGCGGUGUGUUGCAUAUGUUUGGCUAAGUAUGCAAAUGAUGAUGAAUUGAGGGAGUUGCCUUGUUGUCAUUUCUUCCACGUGGAGUGUGUUGACAAAUGGUUGAAGAUUAAUGCCACGUGUCCACUUUGCAAGAGUGAAGUGGGUGAGACCAUUUUGAGUUCGUUAACAGAAGCAACCGCUAGUUUGAGAAGAAGCACUGUGUAUUAGAUUUUGAAAAAGUUUUUUGUAUAUGUUAAUAUGGAAGUCUGUGUUGUUUGAUAAGUGAAUAGAUGUAUUACCACAAGCCUAUAUCUAUCCUCUCCUUAAUCCUUA